AUGCGGCGAGUUCGGCCAUCAAGCAUCUCGUUGAAUCAUCGGUAUAUUCGCAGGCGACUGACCCGAUACUCAACCAGCUCCAGCGAGGCAGCACCGUCAGAGUUGCCGUAUAGGUCACACCCAUUUCCUCAGCAACCCUCGGCGUCGCCCGAAGCGCUGUCUCGACAUCCCCGUCUCAACUCCCUGAAGGAUGCCAAACCGUUCUCGUCUUUCUUAACGGACACAUUUAGCCGGCAGCAUGACUAUCUUCGUAUUAGUAUCACGGAACGCUGUAACCUACGGUGCCUCUACUGUAUGCCAGAAGAAGGCGUCCCUCUCUCCCCGUCAACACAUCUCCUCACCACUCCGGAAAUCGUCUACCUAUCAACCCUAUUCGUGUCGCAAGGCGUGACAAAGAUACGGCUCACAGGAGGCGAACCCACCGUGCGGAAAGAUAUACUGCCGAUGAUGCAGGAGAUUGGCAAGCUACGCCGUGAUGGUCUAAAAGAGUUAUGUCUCACGACAAAUGGCAUAUCGCUCCACCGUAAGCUUGACAGCAUGGUUGAAGCAGGGUUGACUGGAGUCAACUUGAGCCUAGAUACCCUUGACCCAUUUCAGUUUCAAAUUAUGACAAGACGCAAGGGCUUUGAAGCCGUGAUGAAAAGCAUCGAAAAGAUUUUGGACUUGAACGAACGACACAACGCCGGGAUCAAGCUGAAGAUAAACUGUGUGGUCAUGCGGGGCAUGAACGACCGCGAAAUACUCCCGUUUGUCGAGCUGGGCCGCGAUAAAGCGGUUGAAGUGCGAUUUAUAGAGUAUAUGCCAUUUGACGGGAACAAAUGGAGCAAAGGGAAGAUGUUCUCCUAUCAGGAAAUGCUGGAUGUCAUCAAAGAGAAGUAUCCGAGCUUUGAGAAAGUACCUGAUCACAAGAAUAACACGAGCAAAACCUACCAAGUCCCCGGCUUCAAGGGAAGAGUGGGAUUCAUUACCAGCAUGACCCAUAAUUUCUGCGGGACAUGCAAUCGUCUACGGAUAACGAGUGAUGGAAACCUGAAAGUGUGUCUUUUCGGCAACACAGAAGUGUCUCUGCGAGACAUGAUUCGAAAGGAAAACAACAACCAGCCUAUUUACGAUGAUGCCCUGCAAUCGUUGAAUCUACUGGAGUCUGCUAGGCAGGCUGCCCGAGCCGAGGACGAAGGUCAUCCAGUCAACGAGCGAGAAAGGGAGCUUUUGAAUAUAAUUGGUGCCGCUGUCAAGCGCAAGAAGGCAAAGCAUGCGGGCAUAGGCAUAUUGGAAAAUAUGAAGAACCGUCCUAUGAUACUGAUUGAUGACCCCAUUUUCGACGCAAACGAUCUAAAUACCUCCCUAGAACCGACAGCAAAGACGUCGAAUUGGGCAUCAAGGCGACCCAGCUCUCUUAUUCAGUCACGGUCUAUCCCGUUACAUAUGCUCGCUCAUCACAAUUUUCUACACCAAACAUGUCGUCCUUACUCUACUUCUCAGCAAUCGGCCAGAUCACAGUCACCUCCAACCUCUCAGAAACCAGAGCGCGCUGAAACUUCCCCUUUCUCGGAUCUUCCCACCGCAUCCAAUGCAAAGCUUCCCCAUCUUACCCCCAGGGAAACAGUCCAUAUGACAUCCAUAUACAACAAGCCAGAAACCAGCCGUCUAGCUACAGCAGUGUGUCGCAUUACAUUCUCUAACCCAACAGCGUUUUCCCUUCUUACAACUGGAGACGGGCUUAUGAAGAAAGGCGAUGUUCUUUCCGUUGCACGUAUAGCUGGCAUCAUGGCAGCUAAGAAAGCAGCGGAUAUCAUACCUCUUGCUCAUCCUGGCCUAGGAAUAACGGGUGUAGAAGUGGACGUUAGUGUUUGCCCACCGUACCCCAAGGACACAAACUCGGUCAACCAGAGUGAUUGCAAGCCGAGCCAUGGUCUACAUGGGAGUGUCCUCGUUACCUCAAGUGUUAGCUGCCACGGAAGAACAGGGGUGGAGAUGGAAGCAAUGAUGGCUGUACUUGGAGCUGCCCUCACGGUAUAUGAUAUGUGUAAAGCUGUGGACAAGGGCAUGGUGAUAGGAGAAGCGAGGGUUGUUCGAAAACGCGGAGGCAAAAGUGGUGACUGGGAGGAGGGAAUCCGUGUCAGCAAUGCUCAGGGUAACAGCGAUUAA